AUGAAUAGAACGUUCAGAGAAUAUAUUCCAAUUAUCAAAGCUUACUUUAUGUGUUUAAAUUUUAAUCGCCUUGAACUGGUACGUCGUGUGUACAUAUACAUAUAUAUAACGUAUGUAUAUAACAAGUACGUACAUGACACAUGCAUACUAAGAAGGUACUCAAGAGUUAAACAAGUCGUUCGAAGAUUUAUUAACAUUGAUCUUAUACGGGAAAAAAAUCAAACAUAAUUUUGAAUUUAUUCAGUUUGAUUCUAUUUAAAAUAUUUAAAAAAAUAGGAAAUAUAAAUUUCCCUUUCGUUUUUCAAUAAAGGUUCGUUCCCAACUACUUUGAAAAUCUUAAGUUCCUUCUUAUUUUUUGAUAAGAAUGAUCAUCGCUCCUUUUAAUACUUAUUUUUUAUGAAGAAAGUUUUAACUUUCCUCUCACCCUCUCCACUUGUGUAUAUUACAGAAAUAUUAUAUUACGUUGAUCCCUUCAUCUUCAAUAUACAUUUGAAGUAAUUGCAGCACAUGCACUCGAAAUUUGGAUCAGCCUGAUCGUCGAAAAGUGAAGCUCUAAAAAAAAAGUACGUACAAUCAGAUGGGAAAGAAGGUGAAAGAAGAAAAGAAAAAAGAAAGAACGACUCGGGGGGAAAAGCACGAGGAGCUCGACAUUCAUAGAAAAAGGAGAGACGCGGACAUGCAAGGAGAAAGUGAGAAAAAGCAUAGGAAGGAUGGAAGGAGGGAACACAGAAAAAGACCAGGACAAAAUGAAAGCGAAGAGAUUCGUUCAGUGAUUCCUAAAACGAAUUCACCGGUGAACUCGGAUGAAUCACGAUCUCGUUCCUCCACCUUCUCUUUCUCUCCCACCUCCUGUUGCUCUGAACGAUGCAUAAUGAAUAAGUUUCAUGCAAUGUUCCUUUUAAUAUGCGCAACCACUGCUGACUUAUCCAAUGAUUGCAAUGAUCCUAAUUGGCACUCGUUGGAAACAUUAGAAAACGCUAGAAUGGAGUGUGGUCCGUCUUUUGAAAAUCGUUGCUAUUGUUUGAGAACAUGUUACGAGAAUCGCCAUCAAUAUGUUGUCAAUUGUACUAAUUCAGGAUUUUAUAAUGUGACACCGUUAUCGCAUUUACCAAAUGAAACACAAAAAAAUCAGUUGACACGUUUGUGCUAUUUUCAGGUACUUAUUUUCACUGGGAACUACCUUGGAGAACUUCCAUGGAACGUAUUCGGCACUCUGGACAGUCUGCCUUAUUUAAGAAUGAUCGAUAUGUCAAACAAUAAAAUAAGAGAAAUUCGAGGGAAGGCAUACCAUCAUGUUCAACGUGUCGAACGACUGAUUUUAGAUUUCAAUGAACUCUCGCUGGAUCCUGCGAGAAGUCAUCCCAGAGUAUUCUCUAAUUUUGUGUCCCUCUUAGAACUUCAUUUAACCGAUGCCUUUGAGGAUGGUCUACCAAGAGAUCUUGCAGCGACAUUACACGAUAUUUUUGUCAACAGUAAUUUAACACAACUGAUAAAGCUCCAUUUAGAGCAAAAUGAAAUAUCAGAAUUCAAGGAUAGUAAUGUAUUCUGCGAUCUCCCGAAUCUUCUGGAUCUUUACCUCGGUGAUAACACAUUGACCGCGUUGCAUUUCAACAUAUCUUGUCUCCAUAAACUACGUUUCUUGGACCUUCAGCGAAAUAAGUUCACAAAAGUCGUAGAACACGACUUGCAGGCUAUGGAUACGCUUAUCAAGCACAACCAAAGCAUAGCUAUAGAUCUUACUGGAAAUCCUCUUGAAUGUUCCUGCAAAUUGAAUCCAUUUAUAAAGUGGAUGAAAAAAACGAAAGUAUUCGUUCGUAAUAAAGACAAUUUGAUGUGUUACAAAGGUGGAAUACCACACGAAAUAUACGAAACGAAGAAUUGCACCCCGAGAUUGUUUUCAUCAACUCCACGCGGUGCAACUGUUCUGCUCUUUUUCCUUUCUAUGGUGUUAAUAGGACUGGUGUGUGCUUUAAUUUACGUACAACGCACAAAAUUACAACAAAAAAUCGAGCCUAUAUUAGACUCAAUGAACAAGAGGGUGCGAUACACUUCGAUAGCAGCUGGUGAUAUUCGCGAAGAUUUAUGAAUAAGUUCUUCCACUAGAAAUUAACGGAGAAAAAAAUUUAACUGACCUUGUCCUUUCGUUAAAAUGUAUCAAUCAUUUUUGAACUACUGAGAAAUUCUUUUAUUGUAUAAUACACAAGUAUUUAAUUUCUUUUGUAUCAUAAGUAAAACUGAGAAUAUAAUGAGGCAUUAGUAUUUAUAAUAUGAUAAUUAAUAUGAUAAUUGAUUUAGAUAUAUGAUAAUUAAUUUAGAACUAAAAAAAAAAGCAGAAAAUCACUGAAUAUGCUAUUUUAUAGGCUGCUUGUUGCGACAUUGUUAACUUCAUAAUUAGAAGCAAAGAACACUUGUUAACUUCAUAAUUAGAAGCAAAGAACAUGCAAUUUUGAUAAU